CCGGUGGUAAGCUCAAUUAUGUUUGCAGAACUCUCGUAAAAACGGCGGAAAGAGAGUGUUCGUUCAUUAGAAACUCUGAAACCAACGCUUUAAUUCUACAGCUCCCCCCCCCCCCCCCAAAAAAAAAUCCAAUUUCUCUAUUAACUGGCUCUGAUUUACCGAGUCAUGAUGAACAACCCAGAAAACCUUUCUUUCAUUUUGGUUUGAGUUCCCCUUGUUAUAACCAUAUUUCCCUUCUUUUUUUUAAAUAAAAAAACUUGACGAUGAAGAAUAAAAGGGCAAGGACGAGCGUGGACAAGGCGGUGGUUGAUGUUUGGCAACGUGAAGUCGGGGAACUCUCCACUAGGAAUUUCGCUCACCGCCUUGCUGCUUCCGAGGAUCUUGUGCUCCGGCUUGACAUUUACAAGAAACUUGAAAAGCACCGAGGUUGUGUCAACACUGUGAGCUUUAAUGCUGAUGGUAACAUUUUAGUCUCUGGUUCCGAUGACAGGCGGGUUAUACUAUGGGAUUGGGAAACUGGGAAUGGCAAGCUUGUUUUCCAGUCGGGACAUGUCAACAACGUAUUCCAAGCAAAAUUCAUGCCCUACACCGAUGAUCGCUGCUUGGUUACCUGUGCCGCAGAUGGCCAGGUUCGACAUGCUCAAAUCUUGGAGCGCGGUGUUGAAACUAGGCUGCUAGCCAAACAUCAGGGGCAAGUUCAUAAAUUGGCCAUUGAACCAGGAAGCCCUCAUAUAUUUUACACUUGCGGUGAAGAUGGAUUAGUGCAGCAUAUUGACCUUAGAACUGCAGCAGCUACAGAGCUUUUUGCAUGCCAUGCAAUUGGUGAUAGCAGGGGUUUCAUCCCAGUUAUCCAGCUCAAUGAUAUUGCAAUUGAUCCAAUGAACCCAAAUCUCUUUGCAGUUGUAGGAUCAGAUGAGUAUGCUCGACUAUAUGAUAUUCGCAAAUAUAAGUGGGAUGGCUCAACUGUUUUUGGUCAACCUACAGAGUAUUUUUGCCCCCCUCAUUUGAUUGGUGAUGAUCAAGUUGGAAUAACGGGCUUGGCCUUUUCAGAUCAGAGUGAGCUUCUUGUCUCCUACAAUGCUGAGUUCAUCUAUCUCUUUACACAGGAUAUGGGACUGGGACCCAAUCCAGUUUCAUCUUCUCCAUUGUCUGGUAGUGAUGCAAGUGAGAUGGGCCCUGAUCACUCAGUUAUGUCAGCAUCAGCUAUGGAAAAAGCUGAUGAAAAAGCUAUUCCUCAAGUUUAUAAGGGACAUAGAAAUUGUGAAACAGUGAAGGGUGUGAGCUUCUUUGGACCUAAAUCCAAGUAUGUGGUCAGUGGAUCUGACUGUGGCCGAAUAUUUAUUUGGAAUAAGAAAGGUGGAGCACUUCUUCGUGUUAUGGAGGCAGAUAAACAUGUGGUCAAUUGUACUGAAUCUCAUCCUCAUACCACAAUUCUUGCUAGCAGUGGAAUUGAGAAGGACAUCAAGAUAUGGACUCCAAUGGCUGCCGAGAAAGCUACUCUUCCAGCAAACAUUGAACAGGCUCCAAAUCCAGCCUUCCUUUGGUUGCCCCUUGUUGAGAAUGAAGAUGAUUAUUAUUUAUUAUUUGAUGUUGAUGUUACUGAUGACGACAACGACGAUGAGGUCCAUGAGGAUGAAGAUGACAGUGAUGACUAUUUUCAUGAUGUUUAUGAUGAUAUUGAUGCUGCUGAUGAUGAUGACAACGAUGAUGAUGAUGACAAUGAUAAUGAAGUUGGUGACGACGACGACGACGACGAUGAUGGCAGUGAAGAUAUCGAAGGCGGUGAUGAUAGUGAGUGUUAAGGAUGUUGAUGACAGUUAAUGACAAUACUGUAAAAAUUUCUUGGUAGUUACGAUUCAUACUGCUGAUAAUUAUGAUGAUUGUAAUGUUGCUUUUUCUGUAUGGGGUUCAAAGUUCGAACCAAAACAUAGGGGGGCUUAAUAUAUGGAGAACUAAAUGAAAAGACCCAAUGUUGCCAUUCUAGAACUUAUAUUGACGGUGAUACUUGUGCA